AUGAAGAAUGGAAAAUCUUGCGGAGACGAUGGAAAUAGUGCAGAAAUGCUGAAAUCUCUUUCUCCUUCUGGGAUUUGUGAGAUGACGAAGAUCAUCCGCUCAAUAUGGAUUGACAAGAGAAUUCGUGACUCGUGGAGACACGCUAUUAUAGUUUCUCUCCACAAGAAGGUAUCCGUUGCGGAACCCAGUAAUUACCGAGGAAUAUCAUUGCUCCGUAUAAUGUACAAGGUUUUGGAGCGGAUAAUCCUGGAUCGAGUAAUCCGACAUCGCGAAGAAACCACCCUUGACGAGGAAGCCGGUUUUCGUCCCGGUCUAUCGACGAGUGAUCAGGUGUUUAUUGUGAGGAGAGUAAUUGGGAGCGGCAUUCGAAGCCUCUACAGUUAG